UCAGUACUCCAGGAAGUCCAGGGACCAAGUUACUAGCACUUGGGGGAGAACAUGAAAAUGUGAUGGAUGAUGUUAUUGAUGAUAUCAUUAAUAUGGAAUCAAGUUUCAACAAUGAAGGACUUCUCAUGGAUAGGAGUCUAUAUCUAGAAAAUAUACUUCCUCUUUCAGGUAGCAUUCUGGAUAUAUACAACAGCGACCAAGGAAUGCCAGCUGCAAAUAUGGGUCUCACCAAUGCUUCCUGUCCAUCUAAUUUGCCUGUGAAAACGGAAAUCACAGAAACAGAUACACGAGCAAUGGCCAAGGAGAGGCAAAAAAAGGAUAACCAUAAUCUCAUUGAAAGAAGAAGGAGGUACAACAUUAAUUAUCGGAUCAAGGAGCUUGGAACACUUAUCCCAAAGUCUAAUGAUCCUGAUAUGCGCUGGAACAAAGGAACUAUUUUAAAAGCAUCAGUGGAGUAUAUCAAGUGGCUACAAAAAGAACAACAAAGAGCCAGAGAAUUAGAACAUAGACAGAAGAAAUUAGAGCAGGCUAACAGGCGACUUUUACUACGCAUUCAGGAACUAGAAAUACAAGCACGAGCUCAUGGCCUGCCAAUUUUGUCUUCAGUCAGUGCUGUAAACUUAGCAUCCCCUGUCCUGAAACAACAACACACAUACCCAGAAGACAAUUCCACUGACUAUUCUCAGCAUCUCGCGGUGACCCAUUCUGACCUCGGAGAUACACCUGCAGCCUUUUCCGAUCCACUCUCACAUUUUACAGAUUUGUCAUUCAGUGCUGCGUUAAAAGAUCAAAAAAUCGACGACAUCUUAUUGGAUGAUACAAUAUCACCGUUUGGGACAGAUCCGCUCUUGUCUUCCAUAUCUCCUGCCAUAUCCAAAGGGAGCAGCCGAAGAAGUAGCUUUAGUACAGAUGAGGGGGAUGAACUAUAGUAUGGAAAAGGUUGCGUUCCUGGGUUUUGUUUUACA